AUGCCGGGGAGACGGCUGUGGUGGGCGCGCUGCUGGCUCGGCGUCUGCCUGUCGCUGCUGGGCGCGGGGGGCGGCACGGCCGAGCCCUGUCGCGGACCGUCCUGCGAGGGCGGCGAGGCGCCGCCGCCGCCCUGCCGCGGACCCCGCUGCGGAGGACGGGCCGCCCGCCCGCCGCGCUCCUUCCUGCACACCGCCGCGCCGCUGCGGCCGCCGCACGGCAAGGCACCGCCCGCCGCCCCGCCGCCAGCCUGCCCCGGCGGGGACUGCGCCGCCAACGCCACCCGCCGCGACUGCCCGGGCCUGGAGUGCCGCCUGCUGCCGCCCCGCCUGCGCCCGCGGCCCCGCGGCCCGGGCUGCGCCGCCCCCGCCGAGGGCUGCCCCGAGCCCGCCCUGCUGCGCGCCGCCGACAGAGCCGCACAGUUCGCGGGGGACGACUUUGCCCACGCCGCCCCCGAGCGGGGCGGUGCCGCCCUGGGGGUGCAGCUCACCUGCGACAUCAAGCCAGGAGAAAAUGAAGUUCCAUCUGAAGAUGCCCUAAUACUACAACUGCACCUUGCAAAAGGGCAUGAGAAAUUUACUGAAAUGCUAAAAAGCCAACAGCAGAUCAUUGUUGAUUUGCAGCAAAAACUUGCUGAACAGCAGCAUGUAUUGGUUAGCCAGCAACGGGAGAUUCUUGAACAGCAAAGAAAAAUGUAUGAGCAAAUGGAUCUGAUCAAAGUCCAGUAUGGCAUGCUUUUUGAUACGGUGAAACAAAUGUCAUUUCAGAGUUUGCAAGAAGAUAUUCAAAAUUAUUUUGAAAGUCAUCUUCAAGGACUUCAGAACCAGGUCAGAAAUCAUCUCCAGAAGUCAUACUCUGUGCAUAAAGUGGAAGUGGAUGCAAAAGUGAUUAAUGUUGGGGAGUCUUUGCUGGACUGUGGCCUUUGUGAAAGUGAUGAAUUUUGCAAUUUCCAAAAGACACCUUCACAAUGUGAGAAAUGCACAUUGUGUCCUGCUGGUUUUUUCCAAAUGUCCGAGUGUUCUGCAAACUCUGAUCGGAUUUGCCAGGACAGAGAUGAAUGCACUGAAUCUCCAAGCAUUUGUGGUGAGAGGAUAAAAUGCCUGAAUACUCCAGGUGGUUUCCGAUGCCUUGGAAUUGCUGAGAAAGAUGCAGCUUUGGGAAUGUGUGGAGAGGAGUAUUUCUUUAAUAAGGAAAUGCAGGAAUGCCAAGCAUGUUUAAAAUGUGAAGAUGGAAUGGUGGCCAUGCCUUGUUCCACUGUCAGUGAUACGGUUUGUUCAGCAACCAGUGAAAACAAGCUCUCAGAGUCUUGGGCUGCAAAUAUUAUGCUACCCUCUGUGAAGUCUGGCAUCUCUCAGGUCUACUCUGGCUUGAACUUGAAGAUAAAGGGAAAGCUUUCCUGUGAAAUCCUAUCUGUUGAAGAUAGCAGCCUGGUAUUCAGGCAACAUGGUCUGUUGUGGACUGACCUAAAUUUUGCAGUAAAGCACAGCUGCAGGAAUUUCUUGCAACUUUCCCUAAAGCUUAAUGGCAGCGAGGAAGGCUAUGAACUGAGUGGUGUUCGGAUUGAACAGCCAGAAGGAAAGUAUUUCCAGAGCACUAGUUUAAGCAGCGCUGCUGAAGUGGAGCCCAGCCAAACUCUUUCUGUGUAUUUGAGAAGCCCAAAUCAAUUCUGCAAUCAAAGCAAAGACUUAAAUAUUUAUGAUCUUAUUACCCCACUCAGUUUGUUUUGGUUGUCUCAUGACACUGGUGCUGUAGCACUCAGUGCACAGAUGUCAACAGCAAUGCAUUACCAAACAAAUUAUCGACCUACCUUUAAAAUAAUUUCUGUUUCUGACCCUUACAUGCUAAGUUUAUCUCAUGAUGGCAGAGCUAUAAAGUUCACUGAAACUGGUGUUGUCAAAUUUGUUUUUCACCAAGCAUUGUAUUCCAUGGGUCAUACAUGUGUCCGGGAGGGCUUCUCCUUAAUUUCUUAUAUCAAUAGAAAUGGUACGAACAGAGAACUAAUGAAUGUAUUUAAAUCUGGGGUAAAUUACAGAGACACAUCAAUAUCUGCCUCUGGGGCCACGAAAGUUGGUGCUGGAGAUCUGAUUAGCUUUGAGAUACUUUCUCCUGCACAGUGUAAUGUUCGGUAUUUUGGAGAUAGUUCUGGAAUUAGUAUGUUUAGCCUCAUCUGGAUCCCUUCAGCAGUUUCUAGUGCUAUAUCAGCCACAGUUUCUGUUACAGGUCUGCCUACGGGAGCUGUGAGAAACAAAUUACUGGAUUUCACCCAGGUCUCAUCCAAUGAGAAACAGAUACAGCUGGUUUCUUCCGGACAGCUUGCUCAGAAGUAUUUCAUUUUUACUGAAAAGGGAGUUGCCAGCCUUGCAUUUAACUUAAAGCUAAUCCACUCAUGCAAUGUGCUUAAAAUGACUCUCAAUCAGUUGACCAUGGAUCACAUGCAACCCACAGCAAUUGCUCAGCAGAUUGGAGGUCAGAUGCCAGAGGGAAGCAUAUGGACCAGUGUGUCCCUCCGUGCAUCUUUUGGAGUACAUAAUGGAACACUGAUAUCAGUUUCUCUUGACUGUGUGCGUGGAAGGAUCAAUCAGAUCACUCAUGAACAUGGAACCAGUAUAUCUAUUUUAUGGAUUUCAUCUUAAUUUCUGUGCAGUGAAGUUAGCACAGAAUUGGGGUUUAAAUUGUAUUUGUAUUGUACUCUGAUUUUAUAUCUAUUUUAUGCUGUGUUGACAUGAGCAGAUCAUCCCGCCAAAAUACUCUCAAUUUUAGGAAUAUUUAAAUAUCAUCUGAAUUGAAUUGUUAGUGUUUAAAGAAAAUAAAAGUUUUCAGUGUUCCAAGAUUUUAAUUCUGUUAACAUCUUCAGGCAGGGGAACCUUAAAUUCAGAUCAAACUCUCUUAUUUUUAAUAAAGCGGUCCCUUAAAAUUGGUUAUUUCUGGACCACAAAAAAUUGCAGGUGAGGGUAAAUACAUUUUAGUACUGUAACCGAAAGCAGCACAGCAAAUGGAAACCUGCUUUCAGUUUCUUCUCUCAACAGGCUAAUAAUAAGACUAAAUGCAUUUUGAGUCUAAUUUCUCUACAUUUUACAAAAUGUGCUUUCUAUAAAUGGAGAGAACAUGCCUCAAACUAGAGAUGAUGAUAUGGCAACACUGGAGUGUACAUUCUUAGUAUUGUACAAAUGGACUGGGUUGAAAAUAGAAUAUUGUUUUUAUAACAAAAACAGUGGAACUAGUGACUGUUCUAAUUUAAUUUGGAAAUAAUCUGCAUUUAAAUUAUUGGGAAGGCUUUUCCCCAUUUUUACUUUUGUCCAUGAAAAGUUGUAGGAAGAGAAGGAAGUCUAUCCUAAAAAGUAAGAGUGGAUAGGCAAAAAUAAACAAGUACUAAAGGAAUGUCUUGAAAAUAAGACUUUUGAAAAUUAGUCAAAUUUUUAUCCAAUUUCUUAUAAAUAAUAAAAUAUUUUUCUGACCAAAAAGGAACACUGUUCACAAAGCCUAUUUAUUUUGCUGAACAGGUGCUGAAUUUAAAAAGGUGGGGUUUUUUUGUUAAAU